AUGGAGAAGUCGAGUAGUGAAGAUUCUUCGAUCCACCGGAGUCCAUCUUUGGACAGCAAGGACUCGGACUUUGCCAAGCCGUCCACCUCGGGCCGCCCAUUCGGCCGCGGCUUCACGGCCGGUGCCUUCUACGGCACCGCGGGCUCCCGGGGCCAGAGCCACGCCGAAGCCGGCGUUAAGACUGACAAGUACAAUGCACCCAAAGGCAGCAAGUACGUGGUGUUUUACCUGGACCUCUCCUUUGUUUUCCUCCUAGAAUUUAAAAAGUGCAACAUGGCCAGGGGUUGCCUCUGCUGCUUGAAGUAUAUGAUGUUUCUCUUCAAUUUGAUAUUCUGGCUCUGUGGCUGUGGGCUUCUUGGAGUGGGCAUCUGGCUCUCCGUGUCCCAAGGCAACUUUGCCACCUUCUCCCCCAGCUUCCCCUCGCUGUCUGCAGCCAACCUGGUCAUCGCCAUAGGCACCAUUGUCAUGGUGACAGGCUUCCUCGGCUGCCUGGGGGCCAUCAAGGAAAACAAGUGCCUCCUCCUCAGUUUUUUCAUCGUCCUGUUGAUCAUCCUCCUAGCAGAGUUGAUCUUACUUAUCCUGUUUUUUGUCUACAUGGACAAGGUGAACGAGAAUGCCAAGAAGGACCUGAAAGAAGGCCUGCUGCUAUACAACACGGAGAACAACGUGGGGCUUAAGAAUGCUUGGAACAUCAUCCAGGCUGAGAUGCGAUGCUGUGGCGUCACUGACUACACAGAUUGGUACCCAGUGCUAGGGGACAACACAGUUCCUGAUCGCUGCUGCAUGGAGAACUCCCAGGGCUGUGGGCGGAAUGCCACCACCCCCCUGUGGAGAACGGGCUGCUAUGAGAAGGUGAAGAUGUGGUUUGAUGACAACAAGCAUGUGCUUGGCACAGUGGGGAUGUGUAUCCUUAUCAUGCAGAUCCUGGGCAUGGCCUUCUCCAUGACCCUGUUCCAGCACAUCCACCGGACGGGUAAAAAGUACGACGCAUGA